CCGUCAUGUCAAAAUUGACAAACUGACGUUUAAAAUUUCAGUGAUCAAAUUCCCUGAAAAUUAUUACAUUUAUUCAUUUUCAUGUAGCUAAAAGUUAUACACGUACAUAAUCGUAUGAAAUAAAUCAAAAUAAUUAUUUCGUGUGUUUAAGUAACUCCUUGAGACAAUAAGCAGCUAUAUCGCACAAGAUGAGUUUAGAAUCUAUAAAGUACACCAGGGGAAAUCUGGAGAUCCUAGACCAGCUAAAGCUCCCUCUGCAGACAAGAUACGUCAAAGUGCAAGGUGUUGAAGAUGGUUGGAAAGUAAUUAACAAAAUGCAGGUGCGAGGAGCUCCUGCCAUCGCUAUAGUUGGCUGCUUAUCACUGGCAGUGGAACUAGAAAAGGACAACAAUUCUGACAAAAAAGUCAUGCGACAAGAGAUUGAAGGUAAACUUAAUUACCUAGUGUCGGCAAGGCCAACAGCUGUAAACAUAAAACUGGCAGCUGACGAGCUGAUAAAUUUAGCAAAUUCUCUGAGUGCCGAUGAGAGUGUUACUCCUGAGGAAUUUAAAGAAAGGUUCAUCAGCAGGAUAGAAGGGAUGUUGAGCAAAGAUAUAGAGGACAACAAAGCUAUAGGAAGGUAUGGAUGUGAGGCUAUACUGAAAACCUUGGAAGGUGACGGGCCAGUUAGAAUACUGACACACUGCAACACUGGCUCUCUAGCUACCGCAGGCUAUGGAACUGCCUUAGGAGUUAUUCGUUCUUUACAGGAAACUAAGAGGCUUGACCAUGUAUUCUGCACUGAGACAAGACCAUACAAUCAGGGUGCAAGACUCACAGCUUAUGAGUUGGUCCACGAGAAGAUUCCUUCCACGUUAAUAGUAGAUAGUGUGGUAUCAGCACUCAUGAACACAAGGAGGAUUAGUGCUGUAGUUGUUGGUGCCGAUAGAGUUGCUGCUAAUGGUGAUACGGCUAACAAAAUAGGAACAUACCAAAUAGCUAUUUCUGCGAAACACCAUGGAGUGCCUUUUUAUGUAGCUGCGCCUCUUACCUCGAUAGACAUGGCGCUUACGUCUGGUGAUAGAAUUAAAAUUGAGGAGCGGCCAGAGAGGGAAAUGACUCAUGUUGGAGAACACAGGAUUGCAGCACCAGGCAUAAGUUGCUGGAACCCCUCGUUCGAUGUGACGCCUGCUGCUUUAAUUACGGGUAUUAUUACAGAAAAGGGAGUAUUUGCACCAGACAAGCUGAGUGAAAUUGAUCCCAAAUAACAAACAUUUUAAUGUAUUUAUUUUUGUAAACUUACUGCAUCUAUUAAUUUAAAAGUAUUCAAAAUACUAUAAGUGGCUUAUAAACAAUACAUACCUAUGUUUUUAUAAGAUUGUUAUACUGUUAACUGUUAUAAUCGCAUGUAAGAAUAAAAUUUAUUGUAGAAAAAAGAAAUUAUUUAUUGCUAUA